GUAGAUUUAUGCAGUGGAAAGCAGAUGUUUUGUCAUCCAUUUCUGUGUAAUAAUGAACUGAUAUUUUGAGUGCAAGUAUCACUGAUUACUAACAGUCCGCAGGGAGUGAGGGCGCCCUAGGGUUUGAGGGAAGCAGGAGGACAGGAGCCUCUGGCAACGCAACAUGGGUCAGAGAAUAUGAGUGCGAGGGAGGAUCUCCGGAUGUGGGGACCUGUCACAUGCUGAUCUAGCCCAGCAGGGAAAACUCGAGGAGUGUUGUGCGGUGGUGUGCUGGCGUGGUGCAUGAUGAGAGGUGGCAGGUGGGCGUGGGUGGCGAGCCUGGCCGUGUUGGUGCUGCUGGCUGCCGUGCCAGCCCACGGUUCUUUAUUGUUAAACAACACGGGCCCAGCAGUUUUUGAUGUACCAGUUUUCUUUUUUGCGGAGUUGACAGAUUACGAGGAUGGUGAGAUGCUAUGGUGGGAGUGGUCAGAUGAUAGAGACCACAGAGAUGAAUUUUAUGCAGCUGGACCAAAGGCAUCAUGGAAUUUGACUUAUGAUAAAUAUAGCUUUCAAUAUGGGACUGGAACAGUCACUGUUAACUUGGUUGUCAAGAAACACAGAUGGGUACCAAUAAGACGAGCUUCAGCAGUGACUACUUUUAUAUUAUCUGAGUUUCUUGGUGGGGAGUUGACCUUUAAGCAACCAAAUGUGACUCUUCCAAAACCUGGGUUUAUCUCAACCACAAACCAAACAAACCUGACUGUGGCUCUCAAUGAUUUUGAUGAUUGGUUGAAACAACACACACAAGUGAUUUCAUUCUUCUGGAUCAUCAAUAAUGAUGAACAAAAGGCUCAGUGUCCUACUCCGUCUCUUGUCAUCAACAUCACUGAACCAGGCAAUUACAGCAUUCAAGCAACAGUAAUCUUAGACCUCUCAGAUCACAUUAUCACUACUACUACUACUACAACAACUACCACCACCACUACCACUACUACAACUACACCAAAGCCAAACACUACCACAACCACCCCAAGAACCACUACAACAAGCACUACCACCACGACAGUCAAGCCUCCAACACCUAAUCCCAAGGUGUGGUUCUGUGAUGGCUAUUGGCCACAAGUUGGCUAUAUAGAUGGUAGCAGUUUUGGGAGAUAUCACAAGCUGGGCUAUUUUCACACAUUUGUCAAAGCUGUAGAACCCAUUGGUCAUGUAAAUGUGACUGGCAACACAUGGCUAAAGCAUGGAGACCUUGUUGAGCUGACAGUAGAGUGCUCUGGUUCGCCUAAUAUAGCAUAUUGCAAGAAGACAUAUGCUGGUGUAUAUAAUGUUACUGGGGAUGAGUCCUGUGGAGAUGAUGUUCUGAUGACAAAUACCUGCAAGUUCCAAAUUAUUUCAUAUUUCCAGAGAAAUGGAACACACAGUAUCAUCAUUAUAAUGUCUAAUGAUAUUUCAAAAGUGGUCUACCCAAUAGCAAUCAACAUAUAUAAUGUGGACCGCAAGCCUCAGUUGUCAUACAUCAUUAUUCCAGUAUCAUGCAGCCUUGUGGUCAUCAUUAUUAUAGUUUUUGGGAUUUCAUACUUCAUUCAAAGCAGAAACAGGUAUUCUGUUGAAGUAGCAGACUUUGAUUUUGGUGCCAGUGAAGAGACAGAAUACAAGACAUUGUUUGAACAGCUAAAGGAGUCUCUGCGACAAGCACUCUCAGGCCAGGACAGAGAAGCAGAGGAGGAUAAUAAGUGGAGGAGUCGUUCACACAUGGUGGAGAGACCUCGGAUCCUUGAGGAAGAAGACUAAAUUCUUGCCUAAAUGUGAGAUAAAACAUAGUUCCCUACCAUUAAAGCAACUAGUAAUCUGGUGGUCAUGUUGAAUGAAAAUAAUGUUCCAGUUUGUAUGUUUAUUGCCAGUCUUUUGAUUGGAGUGUGAUUAUAGUAUUGUGUAGAGCUUUUAUAUUAUGCAUCUUUUCAUAGGCAUGAAAAUUUAUUGUUUAUAGAUUAGAAGUGUAUGAUCUGUACUGAGGAAUGGGCAGCAGAAGAUAUUCAUUGUUAUUACACUGACAACAAAUAUUAUUCUUUUACAGUAUAUAUAUAUAUAUAUAUAUAUAUAUAUAUAUAUAUAUAUAUAUAUAUAUAUAUAUAUAUAUAUAUAUAUGCACACACACACACACACACACACACACACACACACACACACACACCAGUAUACAUACAGUAAGGUAUUCAACAACAAACAUGAUAUGUUCCAGUGUAUAGUUUAUUAUGACAAAUGUUCGUUAUGGCAACUGAUGAACUUAUGGGAGAAAAUUAAUUGGUUCUAGGGAACCAGAAAAUAAUAUAAAAAAAAUCCCACAAUUAAAAAAAUGCAUCAAAAUGAACACAUUUUCACUCCUACAUUUAACAUAACACAACAAAUAUAUACAAUGCCCUCCCGAGUUUCAUGCCUAGUCCUAAAUUCUUACCAUCCUGAGUUUCAUGCAUUAUCACCCUGACUUUGGCACAGCUUUGACAAGUACCAGUCACAUUUACAUACUGUUGGCAUCGCACAUAUACAUACAGGAAACCCCGACUAAGUCAGAGCCGUCUCUCUCUCUCUCUCUCUCUCUCUCUCUCUCUCUCUCUCUCUCUCUCUCUCUCUCUCUCUCUCUCUCUCUCUCUCUCUCUCUCUCUCUCUCUCUCUCUCUCUCUCUCUCUCUCUCUCUCUGAAAAAGUAAGAGCAAUCCUAAGGAUUGCUAAGUAGAAUGAAAGUGGAAUUGUAUAUACAAGGGUGAGAAAGGAUGAAAGGAAAAUGACAUAAAAUGAAUGAGGAAGAGAGAGAGAGAGAGAGAGAGAGAGAGAGAGAGAGAGAGAGAGAGAGAGAGAGAGAGAGAGAGAGGUAUCACCUUCUUGUCCCUUAUCUCUUAUGAGACAAGACAAAAGAAGGGAGAGGAAAGGAAAAGAGAGAGGAAGGGACUAACUCACCAGUUGUACAAGCAGCAGCUUGCACAACUGGUGAGUUAGUUCUGUGAGGUUUUGUUUGUUAUUUUUGGUUGAAUUUUUAUUAAAAUUCCAGUGCUCGCAUGAAUGGCAAGUUCAUCUUGCCAGUUUUGGUUCAUUAUUCCAAUUAAAUAUUCAUUAAAAUUUCAUUGCGUUAUUGCUGUUGUACACUAUAACGAUCGUGUGUUGCCACGUACCUCAUUUUAUAUGGGGCUGAACAGUGGCAUUGUGCUUGCUUGGGGGCCAAUGGGUCUUUAGGCGCAUGGGUUUGAAUCCAGGCCAUGUUCAGAAGUUAGGAAGGAUACACACACAGGGUAAGAAUUCCCAAAUACCAAAACUGAAGUCCUCUGUUUGGAACCUGAUUCAUCAAGGGGAGUCAGACAGGUAGACUGAAAAAUGUAUAUAAUCCAUCUUCCGAGAUGGUGUGUGAUCAGCUUAGUUCACAGCUACUCUUGUUUGACAUUACCUUAGUACUUAUCUAUUACAGAUAAUUUCAGAACCACAAGAUAUUGAAGUUAAUGAUGUCUACCCAUCUAUCUGUUUAUUUCUUUGAUGCCUUGCUCCCUCUGGGAGCAUCAUUUAAAGGGAUGACUACAGUUGAAAAGUCUCCAUUUCUCCCUAUCCUGACACUCCCUCUGCUUGUUCAAACACUUUGUCACUACUAGCACUUCUUUCACACAUAUACUCCUUUACCAUAUCCUUUCACCUUCCAAGUGGUCUUCCUCUCCUGGGAGGACCUUCAGUUUCUCUCAUAUACUUUUUUUUCUUUUAUAAAUUCUUCAUUCUUCAUCUUAAAAUAGCCACACCAUUUCACUGUUUCUUUUCACACAUUCCGUCAGCAUAAUGAUCAGACCUUUGAACAUCCCUGUGAACUUUGGCAUCAAUUAUUUUUCUAGAUUUCUCAUGCACUACUAAAUAGUCAAUCAGACUUAUAUUCAUCAAACCAUGAAUCAUUUUAUGUUGGAUGAAAGUAUUUAUCAGGAAUAACCCACCACUUUCUAUAAACAUGUCCUACUAGAGGUCCCCAUUCUUAUUUACUCCUUUUACUCUCAAUUUACAUAAUAAACUUGCUACCUCACUACUUUAAUUUUAACCAUGUAUACUGUAAAUAUAUUGUGGGAAGAAUUAUGUACAUGAGUAUUGGUGGCUGGUGCCAAACUGUCUUCAUAGUGUGUUGUUUUCUAAGACAAUGGUGGUAGAUUGUUGCCAUCAGCAUCAGCUCUGAUGCAUAUUCUGUUAAUUUUAUUGAAAGAAAUCUAUCAUUACACUGUGAUAUAUAUGCAUAUAUUUGCCUAAGGAGUGUUUUUAGUGUCCAGGCAAAUGGUUCAACUUCAAGAUCUUCCUCAAUGAAAUAAAGCUUCAGUGUUUUUGUGGGCAGAUCAAGUAUGAAGUUAUCCUGUUUAACCAUAAUUCAAUUAUGUAUCUUCUCCACAGGAGCUCAAAACAAACUUAGUAUAGUCUGAGGGCUUGCUUAUUGAAACUAAUUUUUUAUAAUCAGAAACCAAGCUGUUUAGCUGACUGGUUGACUUCAAGUCCCUGUUUGGACUACAAAAAUACUCCUUUUUCAGCUGAUGAAGAAGCAGUUCCAUUGUUGUAACCAGACUAACAAAAUUGGAUGUCGUGAAGAUAAACACUCAUGUAUGAGAUGGUACAAACAUUAUCAUGUAAAUUAUAAGUCCAUAUAAAUGGUGAUUAUUUGGUACAAAGCUACUUUUUUUCAUAUAAUAGUCUUUCCAAAACUGGCAUGUAUCUUCCAAGAUGCAAGAUCUCAUAAAACAUGCUUAUCAAAUACAAUACUUUUAUUUCAGAUCAUAGAUUUGUGUAGAAUAUCUUGAGUUAGUCUGUAGAAGAAUACCAACAUAUACAAACUGAGGAACUAGUGAAAAUCCACACCUCAUUCCAAUCAACACAGCUAACUCAUCCCAAUACUUUAAUCACACAAAUCAUUAUUAUUACCAGACCCAGAAGUACUGCAGGAUUUUGCUCACUGUCAAUAAUUGUGCCUGUGUUGAACCAACUUGCUCUUUACUGAGAAUAUCUGGGCACCAACCAGUGAACAAAUGAAGAUGCUGGGGAUCUCUUCACAGCUACUGCAAAUUUUCUUAGGAAUUCCCAUCCCAAGGCAUAAAUAAAUACAUACUGUUCCAUCUCAAAUUGCUUUAUAUCAGUUUGAUUUUUUUUUUUUUUUCUGGAAUCUGUUGUAUGUAUUUUGGCAAUUAAUCACCUAGCUUUCUGAAAUAAUCAAUCAACAUUUCUUUGCACAAAAUAUUUCAGCUUUGGUAUUUUCCAUUCUGCCAUCAUUUUCUACAUAUGUAACCAGCAGUUUUCAGUUCAGUCAAGAUCUGAAAUGUUUCUCAACCAAUCAGAAACCUCAGUCCAGUUAUCUUGAAGCCAUUUCAUCUAUUUUUGUGGUUUGUGACAAGAAUCAGAGUUCUGCAUAAAACUGCGAAUAUUCAAAGUUUAACAGAUGAUACCCAGAACUUAAAUGUAAUGGACAUCAUGCACCCUCUAUUUUUGGGGGAAGGAAGUAGAGGCCUCCCCAUCUUAGCUCACCAGAAAAAAACCCUCCCAACUAUCAGUGAUUCCAGAUAUAGCACCAAUAGGCAGGGCCACAUCAGAUUUGAGAUGCAGGCACCUUCAAAGAACUACCAACAUGUUUGUGCCACUUUUCACACCAUGAUGUAACACAACAUGAUGCUCAUAUAACAUCCAUCAUCCUAAUAGGAACACAAAACUAAUGGGGCGCUUCUUCCAUGCACAAGUCCAAAGAUGAUUUGUGGUGGGUGUAAAUAUUCCUGGACAUGUAAAUAAAACAAUUUUCUUCAAAUAAUGUCUGAUGUGUAUAAAAAAAGUGAUAAAUUCUAAUAUAUGAAUAUAAAAUAGUGCACAGUGAAUAAAAUAUAGUCAUGAAAUAAC